UAUAUAUUCAGUUACUUACGUUACAGUGAACAAAAUGGUAGAGAAGUCUGUGAGGAAAUUUCAUGGUCUCAAAAGAAAAUUAAAUGACGGCUCUAAGCCGAAGGUGUCAACCAAAAAGCCCAAACUAUUACCGUCAAUUAGAUUAUCCGACCAGCCUCCUGCACGUAAGCCACAGUGGACAAAUAGAGAGCGUGUCCUCAUUAUGUCAUCGAGAGGCGUUUCCUACAUAGGCCGACAUUUGUUGAAAGAUUUAUUACACAUGAUGCCCCAUGGAAAAACAGAUUCGAAACUUGAUCACAAGAAAGGAAUAACGGUACUAAACGAACUAGCUGAAAUGAGCAACACUAAUAAGGUUAUUUAUUUCGAGGCUCGCAAGAAAAAAGACCUAUACUUGUGGCUUAGUUGUGUACCCAAUGGUCCGUCAGUUAAAUUUCUUGUUGAAAAUAUUCGUACUACUGCAGAAUUAAAGUUAACAGGAAAUUGUUUAAAAAGCAGUCGCCCUGUGCUUGCUUUCGAUCCGUCUUUCGAAGAGUCUGACAAACCUCACAUGAACUUGAUUCGUGAAUUGUUUAUACAAACUCUUGGUACUCCAAAUCAUCAUCCACGUUCUCAGCCAUAUAUAGACAAGACAUUUACGUUUGUUAACUUUAAUGAUCGUAUAUGGUUUAGAGUUUAUCAGAUUGCUGAGGAGAGUGGAGCACUAGUCGAAGUUGGUAAGUAUCCAUUAUAUAUGCUUAUUUCCGAAACUUUUGUCUACAACGAGGAACAAUAGCAUAGUAGUCAGUUGACUGUCUGUAGAUGUUAGUCAGCUAAAUGUUAAGUGGCUCAUGAUACAUUUAGUGUACUCAUUUUAAAGUUAUAGCUCUGGUCUAGGCACCUAAUUUUUCAGGCCUAUUCGUUAUUUCACCUGACCAUAACCAUAUGCGGGCUGCAUACGUAUCUGAUCGAUAUGAAUCUAAUUUUCUAGUCCAAGUGUUCAGAUUUUUUCGUCUUUGAAUGACAAUCAUUCUGUGGUUAAAGUUAUAUCCUCUCGUGUAACAAUUGGAUAACGACCAAAAUGCUUAUUUCUAUACUUAUGAGUAUACCAUCAGGAUCAAGCAAAGUGCACAAAUGUCAGCCAUCGUAUCUUCAGUACUUCCUAAAACUAUUUAGCGAAAGUAACUUACCGGUCAAUACCUUACUAAGUAGACGGCAAAAUUCUAAGUACUGUAUGCAUAUAAUACACUGGAUUACAUUGGCAUUUUAAUAGAAUUUUCGUAAACCACACUAAUACUACUUGCCAUACAUGCGAUUCUUUUCCGACCAUAAUAAUAAAAAGAUGGUCACCGUCACUUUUUUUAUGACUCAUUUGUCUUGUUGGUGUAAGUCCAAGCUUGUAAAACUCAAAUUUUUACUUCAAUUUUUAGAAUUGUUUAGCUUACUAAAUUGUGAGUCAUAUAUAAAGAAAUAGGUGAUGCAUUAGGAUUCAAGCUUAUAAAUUAGUAAUUGAAUACGCAGUACCUCGACCAACGUCAUAAUCCUGUGCUUGAAAACAAGUGUAAACUACAAUCGAACGUAAAUCUAAAGUAAUCAAUAAUACUGAGUAUCACUCAAAAUAAUACUUUGAUAAGCGUAAAUAAGUAUGGUGGAUAUCUAAUUAUAGCUCACCAUACAUACCUAGUAUAGAUUACGACUGCUGAUUUCCUUAGCUGUUAGCUGCGUAUGGUUUGCUAAUUGUGGGUCUAAUAAUAUAUUAAUUCUCUAGGUAAUAUUUCACCCCACCUACUUAAGUUACAUUUUCGGGGCAUUACGGUUAUUUAUAAAACAAUGCAUAGCUGGUACCCUAGACUAUGAUACAAAUGAUUCAUUUCGUUAGGGUAAUAAAUUGAUAAGGAGUUAUGUGCCAAAAUUUCAUUGCUAAGGAUUACUUUUUAGGUCCACGCUUUUCACUAAAUCCAAUACGUAUAUUUUCUGGAAGCUUUUGUGGUGCAGUACUGUAUUCUAAUCCAAAAUACAUUUCUCCUAAUUUAGUAAGUUAUUUAAAUUAUGCUUUGUUUUGAUUUGAUCUUUUUUACGCUUUUUGGAUACAUUCGUCAUACAUUAUUCACUGCUCUUCAUGGUCAGAAUGAAUACAUAAGUUACGGACUGUCUUGUUCAAUAAAACUUACUCAUAUAUGUAGUUCGGCGUAUCUUUCUGUCUUAUGGUCGUAUCCAUAGUGGGUUUUCUGAUAUGUAGAAGAAUUUUCAGUUGACAUGAAUUGAUUAGGCUUCACAUCAGAUUGAUCCACAUCUACUGUCGCAGUUGUAGCUUAAAUCGUGUCUACUUCGUCGCGCUAUGUUACCACAUAAUGCGAUGGAAAGGGGGUAACAUAGCAUCACUCCGUAAAGUCAUUAACUAUUAGCCUGAACUGUGUAGUAAGUUGUGGACUUUUUAUCUGGAGUCUAUAAAUUUACCGAAAUCAUUGAUUAAAUUCUAGUAAUAUAAUAAAGAUUCACCACCUCACCAAUCGAUUUGUCAUCCGUACUCAGCAGCCUGCGUGUCAGUUUGAACAGAUAAAGUUUAGAACAAAACCCACUUAUUUAGAUAGUCAUCCAUUUUCAUAUGAGUUGUAAAGCGAUGGAGAGUAGCGUUUGGCGAUUCAAAGUCAUUUGGUGGAGAAGUGGCCCAGCGGCUAGUGCUUUUUACUUUCGGCACUACACCUACUUCAGAUUGUCUCGUCUAGUAGUAUCUCUAGCCCUCAUAUCUAGAGUGUGACUCAAAACCAAUUAAAUGAAUCUGUACCUGAUGAGUGAGCCAAAUAAAUACAGUACCAUUUGUUCAUAGACAUUUACUAACUGAAUCGAAAAAAUCAACGUAUAUGUGAACAUUUCACUAAAUAUACAGAAAGACUUACUACACUACUAGUGGGUAGUUGUUAAGUCCCCCUAUAUCUGUUUAGUUGUAUCAUUACCGCUAACGUGCAAAAGAUAUUAUUACCCUUUAUGCAAUUGCCUUCAAGGUUUUACAUGCUGACCUAGACCACCUCAACAUCGUCGCACUAAUACAUAGAUAAAACAUCUCAAUCUUUAAAUUUUGUGGAACUUAGCCUUUUCAAGUCGAAAGAUGUUUGACAUAUCCGUGUUCAACCACAACUCAACUCUAUCAAAGAUUUCCGCCACCGCCUUUUCUGUCCAAAUUUUUCGGUUUUAAAAAGGAGGUGACUUUGUUUAUCUCAAACGUUUCUGAAAUCAAUUUGUCGAUUAUAUCUCGAGUCUACUUAGGGUACACAAACGAUGAAGUUGUCCUAUCAGACAAAUGCUCUAUCAAAAUGUAAAGUAUUUUGAACGUCUUUAAUGAAAAUCGUAUAAUGCUUAAUAUGUGACUUGCAACUAUUCGAUAAUAUCAUUAUGCCUCGGGACCUCUAUAUAUUGACAACUGAUUGAAUCGCAGUCUGAGUUGGCUAGUAGUACGAAUCUUUUUUAUAUUGCUAGAAAAUUAUAAUUUUGACCUGACAAUUUAUCUUCACUAAAUAGAGGUCUCUUUGAUACCCAAAUGUCUUCAUAUGUUCCUUUCUAUGAGUUUCUUUGUGUUCAUGGUCCUCUGAUUGAUACAAUUACUAAAAAUUAAUAAUAAUGAUGUAAGUUUCCAUAACCUUAUAACCCUUAAUCGAAUAUCAAAUCAAAUCAUUUCCUUGAGUUCAUGUCUAAACGCUUUUUUAUCAUACACUUUUGUACUACUUCUGUUGGUUAUUCAGUAGUAUAAAUUUACGUCACGCAAUUUUGUUUUCCUCAUUUUUCAGAUUCGAAGUACUCUAUUGUCUAGUAAACAAGGCAAAUACAUAGAACGUACACAUAAUAAAACGGAAACACGGAAGCGUAAAAAAGGAAUAAAAGAAAUUCAUAUAGUUGAUGAAUUAGAUGAAAUAUUUGAAUAAAAUUGUUAUUCUAUUUC